GAUGUUAAGUAGCAAGCCUUGGUUAGCUGUUGCCUGUAAGCUAGUAUGUAAACGGGCGAAGAUCAGAGAUGCGGUGAGGAAUAAGCUUAUCUCUAUAAAUCAUAAACUUUUCAAUGUUGUGGAGUAGGUGUAAUAUUUAUACUCUUUAUACCUAUCUAAUAACAUUGCCAUUCUAAUACCAGUCUAACAUUGCAAACUCAGCGGACUGAAUCGAUCCUACAGGCCAAGAUCAAGUUACUGGUAGCUGCAUGCAUGAAAUAUCAUUGGGCCUACCUAGGUAGGUAGUUGAUAUCGCGCUAAAGUAACCCGCAAAGACCAUCUUCCCCGCUUCCGCGAGUGGUAAGACGUUCGAAUCAUCUCAAACAUCACAACCAUGGCGAGUAAUUUGGCAGAACAUAUCUCCAUCCAGAGAAUCGAUAAAAGCCAGUACAUCUCCAAAAGUCCUCCACAGCACAUCGGAAAUGAGGCAACCUUAGCGUAUGGAGGAUACGCAAUUGCGUACGGCAUCCACUCGGCAUGUCAAGAGGCGCCAGACGCGUUCCACUUAUACUCUGUACUUGGAAAUUAUCUUCGGGCUGCGAAUACGAAAGAGAAGCUCAUAUGCAAGACGACGGCGCUCCGCAGAUCCAAAAGCUUUCUCACCUACCGCAUUACAAUCGAACAGAAACAGCUCAGUGGUGAAGUCCGGCCGUGCAUGGAGCUGCUUGCGGAUUUUCACAAAGAGGAACCGUCUCUCCUCACCUACUCAGCAUCUCCGACUCGGAAAUACAGUCACUGGAGGGAUUGUAUGCCCUGGGAGCAAGUAGUGAUGCGAUGGUCCGAUUCCGGCAAGAUAACUCAGGCACAGUCUGAAAGCAUCCGUCCUAAUUUUAAAACCUCAACAACUCUCUACGAGUGCCGUCCCUGUCCCGAAGGUGUCGCAUAUCAUAAUUUGAUGGGAAUUUUCAAAGACGCCAGGACAAAUCAGGAGAAGCUGCCUCCUACGGAAAAGUCCUCGGCUGAUUGGGUACGCGUGGAACAACCUCUACAGACCGAGGGAGAGCAGAUGGCAUCUUUAGGUUUUAUAAUGGAUGGAAUGCUAUCUCUCUUGCCUUUAAUACAUAACCAUCUGUUUUAUGAUGAUGUUUCUGCUUGUUCAAGUCUUGAUUUUGCGCUGAGAAUAUUCUCUACACGAAUCAAUGUGAAUGAUUGGCACUUAAGAGAGGCAAUUGGCCAUCAUGCCGGUCAUGGUCGCUCAUACAGCGAGAGCAGAAUCUGGGAUGAAAAGGGAAAUAUGAUUGCUUCUAUGACGCAGCAGUCGAUUCUAAGAGUCCCCGCGCAGACUUCGAAGAUAUGAUAAGUCCGGAAUUCAGGAUGUUGCACUUACAUGGCUGGAGAAGAGAGAACAAAUUGUCAAAUUACGGUUCACUGGCCUUGUACAGGGUCCAGAGAGUGAACUAUGUAGUUCAGAUAUCCCUUGACGACUACUGCAUUAAUGCAAGGUACAUCAUUUUAGAGCUUUCGAAUAGUAAAUCCACAUACCUGGC